AUGGCAAAGUACGUGUUGAGAAUCUGUGAACGAUUCGAAGCGGCUCACCACUUGCGGGCUUAUCGCGGGGCACCGGAGCCGGUCCAUGGCCACAGUUGGCGGGUCGAGUUGGUGCUGGAGUCUGAGCAGCUCGGCAAGGAGGGUAUGGCUUUCGACUUUGUCGAGGCCAAAUCGGCGCUGGGCGGGCUGGCGGCGAAGUUUCACCAUCGCGAUAUCAACAGUGUGCCGCCCUUCGACCAGCUCAGCCCCACUACCGAACAUCUGGCACGCUGGUUCCACCAGCAAUUAGCAGCCGGCCUACCGGCGGCCAAUGUGGCCGAGGUGACGGUCUGGGAAGGACCGGACUGCUCGGCGACCUAUCGCCCCUGA